GCUGACGAACCGGAAACGGUCUUCUUCACAUGCAUGCUAUGCUGAGUUAAUGAAGCCGCUACCAACCAAACAGUUUUAGCUUGAUGUACUAUAUCUGAUGACAAUUCGCGUUUUAUCAUUAAGACAAAGGCCCACUUCCAGUGCUGUGACUGCGGUGCAAGGGUGAAAGUUAGAAGACAUGGCUAACCUUCCAGAAAUCUUCAAGUACGUGGAUGACCACCAAGAAGAGUACAUCCAGCGUUUGGCAGAAUGGGUCGCUGUACAGAGUGUGUCUGCGUGGCCAGAGAAACGUGGGGAGAUCAAAAAGCAGAUGGAGAUGGCUGCAAAGGAUCUUGAGAAACUCGGAGGAACAGUGGAGCUGGUCGACAUCGGCACACAGAAGCUGGCGGAUGGCAAGGAGAUCCCUCUUCCUCCCAUCAUCUUGGGCAACCUGGGCUCAGACCCUGCCAAGAAGACCGUGUGCAUCUACGGCCACCUUGACGUUCAGCCCGCAGCACUCGAGGACGGCUGGGACACAGAGCCUUUCAAACUGGUGGAGGUAGAUGGAAAGUUGUAUGGAAGAGGCUCGACUGAUGACAAGGGCCCUGUCCUGGCCUGGUUCAACUGCAUUGAGGCUUACCAGAAGACCAAGCAGGAGCUUCCCAUCAACAUCAAGUUCUGUUUUGAGGGGAUGGAGGAGUCAGGCUCUGAGGGCCUGGACGAGCUGGUCUUCUCGCGGAAGGACUCCUUCUUCAAGGACGUGGACUACGUCUGCAUCUCCGACAACUACUGGCUGGGCAAGACCAAGCCCUGCAUCACCUACGGCCUGCGUGGCAUCUGCUACUUCUUCAUCGAGGUGGAGUGUUGUGAUAAGGACCUGCACUCUGGAGUGUUCGGAGGCUCAGUGCACGAGGCCAUGACAGACCUGAUCGCAAUGAUGGGUUCCCUGGUGGACAAAAAGGGGAAGAUCCUGGUGCCUGGGAUGUACGACGCCGUAGCCAAGCUCACGGAGGAGGAGAAGAAGCUAUACGAGAAGAUCGACUUUGACAUGGACGAGUACUGCAAGGAUGUCGGCGCAUGCAAACUGCUGCACGACACAAAAGAACAAAUUCUGAUGCACCGGUGGAGGUACCCAUCUCUCUCCCUGCAUGGAAUCGAGGGGGCUUUCUCCGAAGGCGGGGCCAAGACUGUCAUUCCCCGCAAGGUCAUUGGCAAGUUCUCCAUCCGUCUCGUCCCAGACAUGGACCCCAAGCAUGUGGAGAAGUUGGUCAUCAGUCACCUCCAGAAGCAGUUUGCGGAGCGCGAGAGCCCCAACAAGAUGAAGGCCUACAUGGGCCACGGGGCCAAGGCCUGGGUGGCAGACUUCAACCACCCACACUUCAUGGCCGGCAGAAGAGCCAUGAAGACUGUGUUCGGUGUGGAGCCUGACCUGACCAGGGAGGGAGGCAGCAUCCCGGUCACCCUGACCUUCCAGGAGGCCACGGGCCGCAACGUCAUGCUCCUCCCAGUGGGCUCCUCGGACGACGGAGCUCACUCACAGAACGAGAAGCUCAACAGGUCUAACUACAUCCAGGGGACUAAAUUAUUCGCAGCCUACUUCCAUGAAGUAUCUCUGCUGAAGUAACCAAUCUGGAAAAGCUGGUGCCUUGAGGGGGGUCUCUGACUGGAGUCUGGAGUUUUCCGGAACAUAUUCUCUGCUACUGUAUAUUCUCUUUGGAAAAUGCAUACACCAAAUAGUAUUUCGAUUUCUUUGCCGACUGCUCCAAACACAGAAGUUAGGUGUCAGUCAGUGAAGUGCACCGAUUUUAAGUGUAUCAAAUUCACCCUCAAAUUCAGUUACUUCUGCAGUAUCGAAAGUUGGACUUUGCAAAUCUGACAUGAAUUCCAUCCAACAAUGUGGAGUCAAAUAAUACAAUGUAGACGCAUUUGUUUUAUUAGCCCUUGUGAGGAAAAAAAGACUGGUGGUGUUUUCACCUCAAACCUCUUCUCAGAGUUCCCACUCACUUUCCUGUCAGAGGAUGGACUUUUAGCAGCUCUGCCAUGCAGAGGAGGGAGUACUCUGACAGGUGACAUCAUGUAAAACACUCUUUUCAGUGGUGUCUUUCUAGCCACACCAAAUGAAAACAUGCACAAUAAAACAAUGUCACAGCAUCUAAAUGUAUCUUUGGGAUCGUCAUGACUUGAUAAUAAACAGUAAUCUGCA